AUGGCGGCUAGUCCCAUUGAUAAGUACGUCAAGAGGAAAAAACUUGAUCCACUCGAAGCAUAUGUACCACCUGUUAUUCUAGCUCAGCUACAGAUCCAGGACCUUGAGCAAUUUUUGAAUGUGGAGAAACCUGAAUUCUUGGCCUGUAGAUCCCUACUGCGUUCUGGUCCUGCUAGCUCUCUUCGUGUAAACAUUCGAGCCGUUGCUCAGUAUGCUUCAGAUGCUGGUGAUUCCAAUACUGCGUCUGAUGAUGUUGAUCGAUGUCUAAGAGCGUUGGAAGAACUGGAUUCGCUGUUUCUACGUGCGUCGAGGAAGGAUUCAAAUGCAACUGUUGAAUUGAUGAAGUCACAGCUUGGAACUGCGUUAACCGCUCUAGACAGCCUUCUACAAACAGUUCCUUCUCAAGUGCUCGAUAGAGGGAAAGCUAUGGUGGAAGUCUACAGAUCACCAUCCGAACAAGAUGAUCUUUCAGACUCCUCUGAGAUACAGCAACUCCAGUCCAUACUGUGA